AUGUAUAUAAGGCAAGUACCGAAAUGCGAAAUCAACAUAAAGUCUUGCAAGUUUGAUAAGCGCACAUCCAAUAUGAUGAAAUUGAUUUUGGUUUCGGUUUUGAUCGCCUUUGUGGCUGCUGAACCUCCAGUUCCCGUUUACGGACCACCAGAAGUUAAACUCCAGAAGAAUUCUGAAAUAAGAAUCCUCGAUUACAAGAACGAGAACAACGGAGAUGGCUCUUACAGAUUCAAUUUCGAGACUGAAAAUAAGAUUACGCAACAGGAAUCUGGUGAAUUGAAGAACGUUGGAACCGAGGAUGAAGUUAUCUCAGUGGAAGGAUCUUACUCUUACGAAGGACCGGAUGGUGUAACGUACACUGUACACUAUAUAGCAGAUGAGAAUGGUUUCAGGGCUUUCGGAGAUCACAUCCCGACUCCUCCACCGACCCAAGGACAAGAAAACAAGGAUGGUUACAAAUAUGAAGCGAGAAAUUUGAAAUCCGAAGAUACCGUUGAGAUUCCAAACGCUGAAUUGGUUGAACCUUCUCAACAAGAUGUUAAACAGUCGGAAUUUCAACCUGCCAGAACUCCAGGAAGGAAAUACUUGAGCCCUGAUGUGAAGCAACAACAAGGAUAUUGA